AUGGCUAGUGAGGAUAGUUUUCUAGUGCUGGUACACCAUAGAGGAUCGGUUAAGAGAAAAACUCGCUCUGGCGUGAAGUUCACUGAUAAGGAUCCUCUAUGUAUUGUCGUGAGUCCCACCACCAGCUACGAUGCUUUCGUUAGCUCCGUGCUUGUCAAGCUUGGUCUGGAAGGAGUGAAAAGGGUUAAGAAGUUUUACUAUCGCAUUCCAACCACGGUUCUCCAUGAUACGGUGAAGUAUGAUUGUUUCACCAUUGGGAGUGACGAGGACUUGCAGGACAUGUUUCUUUCUCGUAGGCAGUUUCCCGAGGUGAGGACACCAGAGCUGUUGGCAAAGUUGGUUGACGUGGUAUCAAGCUCGGGUGGGUCGAACCGCAAUGCCAACACUAUAGCCACGGUGGCCGGUUCAAGCUCGAGACCUGUGGUUGCUUCCUCCUCCAUUCCAGUCGGCAAUGUUGGAGACGAGGUUGGAUAUGGGGAACAUCUUCCGACCGACGUACGGUGUCCUACACCGGCUGGAGUGGGAGAGGGCUUGUUUGAUGAUGCAGAUGACGAUGAUCUCGAGCCGGAUCUUAUCGCCGAUGAAAGCGGCGAUGAUGUUGGAGCGAGCGAUCCGAUAAGGGCUACUGGUGGAACUAGUUCUGGCACACAGCAGUAUCCACCCCAUUUUUCAUCUUUGGACCUGGAAGCCAUGAGACAGGAUGAAUAUCCUGGGCAGCUUGCUGGAUUUGGCGCUCAGGAUACGGAAGGGUCCGCCGGUAUGAUAGAGUUCCAGGUUGGUCAACAAUUUCAGGACAAAGAUGAGGCGCUGUUGAGUGUGAAGACGUACAGCAUCCGCCGAGGGGUAUAG